AAAAUCUCCCCAAGUAGGAUUCGAACCUACGACCAGUCAGUUAACAGCCGACCGCUCUACCACUGAGCUACUGAGGAACAAGGGGGGAUUCGACCUCCUAGAGUUCAACUCCCGCUCUCAACCCAUGAACAAUAUGAGUCCGAAGCUUCUUUCGUAACUCCCAUAAUUUCUUCGUAGUGGCUCCGUUCCAUGCCUCAUUUCAUAGGGAAGCCCAAAGUGGCUCUAUUUCAUUCUAUUUCACUUCCUAGCACUUCCUAUCAUUUAAUAUCCAUCCCUUUGGUCUUAUUGACAUAAGAGAUGUCAUUUAUAGUCUAUCUCUUUCUAUAUAUGGAAAGUCAAGAAAUUCUCAUCGAAACAUCGAGAAAUUGUGCAUAUAGAAAACUCUAAAGAAAGAAAAAAAGGAGACCCAUGCCAUGAUUUUCAAAUCUUUUCUAUUUAGUAGUCUAAGUUUCUCGAUGAGGAUAAUUAAUUCGGUCGUUGUGGUCAGACUCUAUUAUGGAUUUCUGACUACAUUCUCCAUAGGUCCCUCUUAGAUCUUCUUUCUCCAAUCUUGGAUUAGGGAAGAAGGAGAUAUUUGCGACUACUGGCGGUUUCAUUAUGGGGCAGCUCAUGAUCUUCAUAUCGAUCUAUUAUCCACCUCUGUAUCUAUUCUUUCUUAGCUAAACAGGUGGAAGAUCUAUCCAAUUUGGUUAUAUUAUAUCAUGGACUCGAAAAACGGAUCUGAAUUUGACUGAAAUGCACGAUCUUCACAGGUAUCACUUUUCACGAUACCUAAAAGGUGGAAUAGCGAUUUUCGAACCAUUUCCUAUAAGAGAAUGGUUUCCAUUACUUUGAGAAAUGGAUUCUUAUAUCAAACUAUAGCUAUUGCAUUAAAGAAGAAAAGAAACUAAUAGAAGUCGAAGACGCGGAAUGAUAGUGAAUAGAGAGAAAGAUUCUUCUGAUUUUCUUGUUCCUGAAAAUAUUCUAUCUAUCUACUAGACGCCGUAGAGAAUUUAGAAUAUUUAUGUCUUUCAAUUCUCGUACUCGUAAUUGGAAAGUUAUGGAAGGAGACCCAUCAUUUUGCAAUGAAAACAACAUAUAAAACUCUGGACAAUUUCGAAAUCAGGCCAAGCGUCUUAAUACAUAUGCAAAAAAAUUCAUUAUUGGCCCACCAUUGAUUAGAAGAUUUAGCUUGUAUGAAUCGCUAUUGGUUUGAUACGAAUAAUGGCAAUCGUUUCAGUAUGUUAAGGAUACAGAUGUAUCCACAAUUCAUUUAGAGUUACUUAAUAGUCUAUUUCUUAUACCAUAUCUCUAUCCCGUGAAAUUCUCGAGCCAAAAGAUGGAUGCCUAUGCUGUGUUUCAUUUUGCUAAAUGAUAUCAAUUAAAUGGUGUAUCAAUUCCAUAAAUUGCAUAUAGCAAUAAAUAAAUCAGCAAAAUUCUUUCUACUAUAUUUAGAUAGAAGAAACAUUUCUUCUAUCUAAAAUAGUAGAAAGAAUGUACCCUUCUAUCCAAAUCCAAUUUGCAUCGAUAAAAAAAAUCCAAAUUCCAGUAGUAGAUGAAUAAUUGCAAAUUUGUGUGUGUACGAGAUUAGAAUAACUUCAAAAUAACUGACAUAAUUUUUUAUUUUUCCUGAUCAGAAAAAUACAUGAAAAAGAAAGGAGGUAGAAAAAUUUUAGGAUUUAUGGUUAAAGAAGAAAAAGAAGAAAACAGGGGUUCUGUUGAAUUUCAAGUAUUCAGUUUCACCAAUAAGAUACGGAGACUUGCUUCACAUUUGGAAUUACACAAAAAAGAUUUUUCAUCGGAAAGAGGUCUACGAAGACUUUUGGGAAAACGUCGACGUUUGCUGGCUUAUUUGGCAAAGAAAAAUAGAGUACGUUAUAAGAAAUUAAUCGGUCAGUUGAAUAUUCGGGAGCAGUAAUUUAAUCCUUCAAAUUUUUUUCUUGUUUUAUUAUUUUUUUAGUAGUCUUUAUAGUAGUCUUAGAUUUUUCAUUUUGAUGAGCCUCACUUUGAGGAAUUCAUGGAAUAAUCCAUUUUCAUGGAAUAAUGAAUUAAGGAAGAAAGGAUAUGAGUCUACCGCUUACAAAAAAAGAUCUCAUGAUAGUCAAUAUGGGCCCUCAACACCCAUCAAUGCAUGGUGUUCUUCGACUGAUCGUUACUCUUGAUGGUGAGGAUGUUAUUGAUUGUGAACCCAUAUUAGGGUAUUUACACAGAGGAAUGGAAAAAAUCGCGGAAAACCGAACGAUUAUACAAUACUUACCUUAUGUAACAAGAUCUAACAGUUCAAGUACAGUUGAUAUAGUUGAAGCACAGUCAAAAUAUGGUUUUUUUGGAUGGAAUAUUUGGCGUCAGCCUAUAGGCUUUCUGGUUUUUUUAAUUUCUUCUUUGGCAGAAUGUGAAAGAUUACCCUUUGAUUUACCAGAAGCAGAGGAAGAAUUAGUAGCAGGUUACCAAACUGAAUAUUCCGGUAUCAAAUAUGGUUUAUUUUAUCUUGUUUCUUACCUAAAUUUAUUAGUUUCUUCUUUAUUUGUAACAGUUCUCUACUUGGGCGGGUGGAAUUUCUCUAUUCCCUAUAUAUCCUUUUUUGAUUUUUUCCAAAUGAAUAAAGCAGUUGGAAUUUUGGAAAUGACAAUGGGUAUAUUUAUUACAUUAACUAAAGCUUAUUUAUUUCUCUUCAUUUCUAUCACAAUAAGAUGGACUUUACCAAGGAUGAGAAUGGAUCAGUUAUUAAAUCUUGGAUGGAAAUUUCUUUUACCUAUUUCCCUGGGCAAUCUAUUAUUAACAACCUCUUCUCAACUUGUUUCACUAUAAAUAAGAUAAUACAAUAAUAGAUAGUAAGAAUAUUUUCAACACAAAAGCUCUCCCAAACAAGAGAAAGAAACAUAUCUUUUUCAUAGAUAUUUAGAAUGAAUAUGUUCCCUAUGGUAACUGGGUUCAUGAGUUAUGGUCAACAAACAAUACGUGCUACAAGGUACAUAGGUCAAAGUUUCAUAACUACCUUAUCCCACACAAAUCGUUUACCUAUAACGAUUCACUACCCUUAUGAAAAAUCAAUUACACCAGAGCGUUUCCGAGGGCGAAUCCACUUUGAAUUUGAUAAAUGUAUUGCUUGUGAAGUAUGUGUUCGCGUAUGUCCGAUAGAUCUACCCGUUGUGGAUUGGAGAUUUGAAAA